AUGCUUCCACCAUGCCUAUGGUGUUGCGCAUACGCGGUGGAUCGUGAAACGGGAUACUGGCGCAUUACGUCCCUCGUUCCGCCCGAGGCUCAUACGUGUAAGAUGGAGUGGUGGCAUGAAUAUGCGCAGGGGAUUGCGAACAAGUUACCAGUGAUGCUGCGAGCUUAUGGCAACAUGGUUCGCGCCGAACCCUUCGUGCCGCCAAUCCAGCUGAUGCAACUCAUGGAGGGAUUAGGGGGGUGGGAAAUCAACUACUGGCAGGCCUGGCGACUGCGAGAGUACACCAUCAGGGAGAAAUACGGCGACUGGAAGGAGUCUUUCCGCCAGGUUCCAUGGCUUGUGGACCGCUUCAAAGUUAUUGAUCCAGGGGUGAAAGUGCAUCUAGACACCCUUGGUGGAUGCUUUCACCGCUUCUUUGUCCGUCCAUCUGCAGCCGUUCGUGCACUUCGAUUCUGCUGCCCAGUCAUUGCGUUUGACGGGACUCAUCUUAUCAGCGUGCAGAAGGCAGUGCUGCUGGUCGCGGUCACGCUCGAUGGAAACCAGAAGGUCUUGCUGCUAGCUUGGGGUCUAGUGGAAUCGGAGAACAAGGAGGCUUGGUCGUGGUUUCUCAGGCAUUUGAUCGAUGGCUUUCCAGAAUGGACGCAUCGCGAGAACGCCUCGAUGAUCAGCGAUAGGGACAAGGGGUUAGUUCCUGCUGCUCGUGAGGUGAUGCCAAGUCACAUCCCGCAUUACUUCUGCGCGUGGCACCUCGAGCAGAAUCUGAGGCGGUUCAAGGAGAAGGCGCAGGCCUUUUUUAAAAGGCUGGAGGUCCAACUGGCUGCGGACGUUCCCCCUCCACCCGAUACACGCCCACGCCCUGACGCGCGCUCUACCUAUGCUGGGGAGAGAGCAUACGUCUUCGAGGCUGGUCGGGAUGGACGACGCAUGGCUCGAAACGCGCGCCAAGGAGAUGCAACUGCAGGCGCAACUGGCUCCACGCAGCCGGGAAGUGGUUUCGGCGUUCCUGGUGCCGUUAGUGCAAGAGGUGGGCCGGGCAGCACGGGUGACGAGUGGGGCCAGGGGAGUGCGGCUUAUGGCCAUGGUUCAGACGGUGGUACCAGGGGUGGCGGAAGUGGUCGCGGCAGGCAGGGUCCUGGCGCAUUCCAGUUCGGGGGUGUUGGUCUAGGGGUGGGAAGUGGGCGCGGCUUCAGAAGGUAUGGGACGAGUGGCAGCAGAGGGUUUGGCAUAGGGACUGGUGCGAGUGGCGUUCCGCCGCGGUCUGCCGGAACACGCGUUGGGCAUGAGACUGGACAGGGUGUCGGCGGGGGCAACGACACUGAGGGAAUAGGUGACAUGGGGUUCGGGACGCAGGAAUCCACGGCAAGGAUGGGGGGGUUCGGCAUGGGAGUGGGGACUGGAGGAGGAAAUGGAGGUGUGGGCAUGGGAGUGGGGAGUGGAGGAGGGCUUGGCGGCGUGGGCAUGGGAGUGUGGACUGGAGGAGGAUUUGGGGGUGUGGGCAUGGGAGUGGGGACUGGCGCAGGGCUUGGCGGCGUGAGCCUGGGAGUGGGGACUGGAGGAGGAUUUGGGGGUGUGGGCCUGGGAGUGGGGACUGGAGGAGGAUUUGGGGGUGUGGGCAUGGGAUUGGGGACUGGAGGAGGGCUUGGGGGCGUGGGCAUGGGAGUUGGGACUGCUGGCGUGGGUGUGCAAGUGGGGAGUGGAGGAGGGACUGCUGGUGUGGGUGUGCAAGUGGGGAGUGGAGGAGGGAGUCGUGGUGUGAGUGUGCAGGUGGGGAGUGGAGGAGAGCUUGGUGGUGUGGGUGUGCAAGUGGGGAGUGGAGUAGGGACUGCUGGUGUGGGUGUGCAAGCGGGAAGUGGAGGAGGGAGUCGUGGUGUGAGUGUGCAAGUGGGGAGUGGAGGAGGGCUUGGUGGCGUGGGUGUGCAGGUGGGGAGUGGAGGCGGGACUUGCGGUGUGGGUGUGCAAGUGGAAGGUGGAGGAGGGACUGCUGGUGUGGGUGUGCAAGUGGGGAGUGGAGUAGGGACUGCUGGUGUGGGUGUGCAAGCGGGAAGUGGAGGAGGGAGUCGUGGUGUGAGUGUGCAAGUGGGGAGUGGAGGAGGGACUGCUGGUGUGGGUGUGCAAGUGGGGAGUGGAGGAGGGAGUCGUGGUGUGAGUGUGCAGGUGGGGAGUGGAGGAGGGACUGCUGGUGUGGGUGUGCAAGCGGGAAGUGGAGGAGGGAGUCGUGGUGUGAGUGUGCAGGUGGGGAGUGGAGGAGAGCUUGGUGGUGUGGGUGUGCAGGUGGGGAGUGGAGGCGGGACUGGCGGUGUAGGUGUGCAAGUGGAAGGUGGAGGAGGGACUGCUGGUGUAGGUGUGCAAGUGGGGAGUGGAGGAGGGACUGGCGGUGGGGGCGUUGGAGUGGGGUGUCUCUCCAUUUCCGCGGUCUCUCUGUACUGA